AUGGGCGAUUUACCUCGUUCUCUCUCUCUGUCGCCGCCUCCUCCGCCAAUUCCUGUACCGUGGUCAUUUGAAGUUCUUUUCGAGGAGACUUCUGAAGGCCUCCCGGAGCCUCUUCCGUCGCUACAGGAUAUCGAAAACGCGCCAAAUCGCAUCGGAGAUCAUAACAGCAAGUGCAUUGUAGCCCUCAAUGACCAUUAUGUGGCAAAGCUUGGAGUUUGCGUUGAGCCCCUCGAGGCCGAAAACAUGCGUUUUGUCAGAGAACAUACAACCGUGCAUGUUCCCAAGGUCUUUGCCGUAUACCAGCGGGAUAUCGGAGACAGACUGAAGAAGACAUAUAUCGUCAUGGAGAGGAUUCACGGACAUACUUUGCAAGACAUCUGGGGAGGCCUACAAGCAUCUGAAAAAAUCAGCAUUGCUGCGCAACUUCGAUCGGCAAUGCAGGCUGUCCGUGAGAUACCUCACUCAGGGUAUUUCGGGAGUCUGGACGGGUCGAAGCUUCGCGAUGAAUUCUUUUGGGCAGCAGAGCCAGUACCCGCGAUUGAUCGGUCAUUCGCAACUGAGGACGAAUCCUUGAGUGGCGUUAUAGACAAGUAUCUGUAUGAAAGCGGUGAAACAGCACGACAAAGAGUCAACUUUUAUCGCAGGGUACUUCCAAGAGUCUUCAUGGGGAACGGGAAACCUGUUUUUACACACGGCGGUUUUCAGCGCAAAAACAUCAUGAUUACACCCCAGAACACCGUGGUCCUUCUUGACUGGGCUGCAUCUGGCUGGUACCCAUCAUACUGGGAGUAUGCUGUUACGGUGUAUGUUGCCAGGAGGUGGGACGAUGAUUGGCACGUAUACAUUGGCAAGAUCCUGGAGGAAUUCCCAAACCAUUUUGUGUGGAUGCAGACGCUACAUAUAGAAAUGUGGGGGUUCUGA